GGCAGGGCGCGCGCGCGGUGCGGGGCCAUGGGCGGGGUGUGGGCCCGGCAGCGAUGGCCGUCCCCUGCGCGCUUCGGGCUCGGGCUUCCUGAGGCCGCAAGCGAGCGCGCUCUCGAAGGCCGGCAGCGUCGCCAUGUACCCCCCGCCGCCGCCGGCGCCUCACCGGGACUUCAUCUCGGUGACGCUGAGCCUAGGCGAGAGCUACGACAACAGCAAGAGCCGGCGGCGGCGCUCGUGUUGGAGGAAAUGGAAGCAGCUGUCGAGAUUACAGCGGAACGUGAUUCUCUUCCUGUUGGCCUUUCUGGUUCUGUGUGCAUUCCUGUACUACACCCACUUGACCAACCGGUGGAAAGCUUUAGGUGGAAGCCCCACAGAAGGGGAGAGGCUGAGGGUGGAAAUGCCUGGACCGAAACCUGCAAACCCGCCCGUCUUACCAGCUCCUCGGAAGGCAGACGCCAGCCCAGAGGGCAUGGUCACGAUGUUGCUUCAGAAAUCUCGGAAGCAUAUCCGGCGGGGACCGCCCCGUCUGCAAAUCAGGGCCCCUGAUGUAGACUCCAAGGACAAGACACAGGAUGAGGAUAAGGAGCAGGUGGCUGCCCCGCGGGACACUCACCAGGAAGAGACUCCACAGCGGACAGUCAUCAGCUGGCGGGGAGCAGUGAUCGAGCCGGAGCAGGGCACUGAGCACCCUUCCAGACGAGCAGCCGCCCCCUCCAUGCCCUCCGUGCCCGCAGCCAGGAUGCAGAAGGACCUUGGCCCCCCAAAUGCGCGCCAGAAAGGGGUGAUCGAGGCCUUCCUCCACGCAUGGAAAGGAUACCGCAAAUUCUCUUGGGGGCAUGACGAGCUGAAGCCCGUAUCCAGGUCCUUCAGCGAGUGGUUUGGCCUGGGCCUCACCUUGAUCGAUGCCCUGGAUACCAUGUGGAUCCUGGGUCUGAGGAAAGAAUUUGAAGAAGCCAGGAAGUGGGUGUCAGCGAAGCUCAACUUUGAGAAAGACGUGGAUGUCAACCUGUUUGAGAGCACCAUCCGCAUUCUGGGGGGCCUGCUGAGCACCUACCACCUGUCGGGGGACAGCCUGUUCCUGAGAAAAGCUGAAGACUUCGGAAACCGGCUGAUGCCUGCUUUCUCCACGCCCUCCAAGAUCCCGUACUCUGACGUGAACAUUGGCACUGGGGUUGCACACCCUCCCCGGUGGACUUCAGACAGCACAGUGGCUGAGGUGACGAGCAUUCAGCUGGAGUUCCGGGAGCUCUCGCGCCUCACCGGGGUUAAGAAGUUCCAGGAGGCCGUGGAGAACGUGACGAGGCACAUCCACUCGCUGUCUGGGAAGAAGGACGGGCUUGUGCCCAUGUUCAUCAACACGCACAGCGGCCUCUUCACCCACCUGGGCGUGUUCACCCUGGGCGCCAGGGCCGACAGCUACUACGAGUACCUGCUGAAGCAGUGGAUCCAGGGUGGGAAGACAGACACACAGCUGCUGGACGACUACCUCGCAGCCAUCCAGGGCAUCAGAGCACACCUGCUGCGCCGCUCCGAGCCCAGGAAGCUCGCUUUUGUUGGGGAGCUUGCGCACGGCCGCUUCAGCGCCAAGAUGGACCAUCUGGUGUGCUUCCUGCCAGGGACGCUGGCCCUGGGUGUCCACCACGGCCUGCCCACUGAGCACAUGGAGCUGGCCCUGGCGCUCAUGGAGACCUGCUACCAGAUGAACCACCAGAUGGAGACGGGGCUGAGCCCUGAGAUCGCCCACUUCAACACCGUCUCCCAGCCCAACCUGAAGGACGUGAUAGUCAAGCCAGCUGACAGGCACAACCUGCUGCGCCCCGAGACCGUAGAGAGCCUGUUCUACCUGUACCGUGUCACGGGGGACCGCAAGUACCAGGACUGGGGCUGGGAGAUCCUGCAGAGCUUCAACAAGUACACGCGGGUCCGCUCGGGUGGCUAUUCUUCUAUCAACAAUGUCCAGAGCACCCACAAGCCGGAGCCCAGAGACAAAAUGGAGAGCUUCUUCCUGGGGGAGACCCUGAAGUACCUCUACCUGCUGUUUUCCGAUGAUCGAGACUUGCUCAGCCUGGAUCGCUAUGUGUUCAACACCGAGGCCCACCCCCUGCCCAUCUGGAGCCCUGCCUAGGGGUGGCUCCUGGCCUGCGCCUGCGAGGAGGGAAGCAGCUGCCUUCCAGGGCCUCCGGUGUUUUCAGAGGCCCUGUAUGGUGGCGGCAGCAGCUGCUGCGUGUCCCUGUGUUCCUGGCCAUUGUCUCUGCCUGGGUCAGCAGGCACCAGGUUCAGGGUGACCAGUCCACGGGAGCCUCUGGCUUCAUCCUCGACAACACUCGAAUCCUCAGUCCCGACACCCGUACAUCGUCUGUCACCUGUUGCUGGGAGCCAUGUGCUGGGCCCUGGGCUGCUUCAGCCUCAUGCGCUCUGUGAGGAGCCAAGUGGCAGUCUGUGGGGCAGCCGAGCCUCUGCCGAGUGAGCAAGCGCAGGGUGUUCUGCCUGGAGGGUCAGGCCGCCGCGGCCUGCUGUGCUGUUUACAUGUUGGACUCAGGGAUCCUCUUGGCUACUCUGCAGGGCCCAGGCUGCCAGCUGGGGUGAAACUUCCCUGCUGGGUAAGGGCAGCACACUGCUGUGAGUGUGCCUGGGAAGUGAGGGCUCAGUGCAGGCGGGAAGAGGCCUGUGGAGUCCCUGGGCCCGCAGCUCUCAGGGCUGCUUCCUACUGCGGAGGAGGCCCCUCGCCCUGGGCAGCACCCGCCUGGAGUGGGGUCUUUGUGCCUUCGUGUGGUCCUCCUCUUCCUGGGUAUCACGUCUGGGGCAGCACUGCCCCCACCUCCAGGCUGGGGCGCCCCCCCCCCCAGCAUACCCUAGUCCCACGUGACCCAAGAAGCCUGUGAGUGGGGAGGUCCCUCUCCCUAGAAAGCCAGAGCGUAGGCCACACAGGGCCGGGCCUGGACAGGGCUGCUGUGUGACAGGCCCCUCCAGGCAGGUUCCAAGGUGGGCGGGGCAGGACCUGUCCUCCAGCUACCUACAGCUUGGUGUCUUGGUGGCAGCCCGGUUACUCCCGGGACAGCAGGUGCCCCCAGGCUUCUUGGAGACUCCAGGAAGCACUGGCCCUUCCCGCACAGAGUGGCUAUGCCGAGCCCUCCUGGGCCAGGCUGCAGGUGGGCAGCCAAGGACCCAUGUUCCUCUGGUGGUCCGCCUCUCCCACCCGCGUGCUGUGAGGGCAGGGCGGGCUGAGGCUGGGGGCUAGCUGGAGCACUCCUGCUGCGCAGGGCGCCAGUGCUCAGCACGGGGUGGCCGCGGUGCCCCUGUGCACGGCACUGUCA